AUGGCCAUGAUCAUGAAGAAGCCCGUGAAGUUCUUUGUGGUUGAUGCAUUUACUGAGUCAGCCUUUAAGGGGAACCAAGCAGCAGUGUGCAUUUUCGAAGAUGAUCAUGAGAGAGACCACGCAUGGCUUCAGUCUCUCGCCGCCGAAUUCAACAUUUCAGAAACUUGUUUUCUGACUCCGAUCACUGGUCACAAUGCUCGCUUCCGUCUCCGGUGGUUUACCCCUACAGUCGAGGUUGAUCUUUGUGGUCAUGGAACUUUGGCAUCCGCUCAUAGUCUCUUCUCAAACGGUUUGGUUGAUUCAGACAAGGUCGAGUUUGUAACACGAUCAGGGAUUCUUACAGCCAAGCGAGUUCCAGAUAACAAAAUGAAAGGAUUCUUCUUUAUCGAAUUAGAUUUCCCUGUGAUUCCAACAUGUGAGCAUAGUUCCAAUCAUGACAUGUCCAUGUUUUCCAAAGCCUUAAACGGAGCUACCAUUGUUGAUGUCCGAGAAACAACAACAACAACCGAUAAAAUAAUCUCCAAGUCCUUCUUCAGUGGAGCUGCCAAAGCAAGUUCAACCGAUAAAAUCAUUGUUGAGCUUCCAUGUUGGGAAGAUGUCACUCAACUACAGCCAAGAAUUGAUGAAUUGUCGAAAUGCCCCGGAAAAUUAAUAAUUGUUACAGCUGCUGCUCCUGAAGGAUCUGAUUAUGAUUUCUGUAGUCGCUUCUUUUCCCCCAAAUUAGGAGUUGAUGAGGACCCUGUAUGUGGAAGUGCACAUUGUUCAUUAGCAUAUUACUGGAGCCUCAAGAUGAACAAGUUUGAUUUCCUCGCUUACUCGGCUUCUCGUAGGAGUGGAACGGUGAAGGUUCGUUAUGAUAAGGAGAAGCAGAGAGUAUUUCUCACUGGAAAAGCUGUGACUGUGUUGAAAGGCUCUGUUUUAGCGUAA